AGUUUGUGAAAUGAUCCGUCAGGUGUUCCGUGACUGUGUGACACAUCAUAAAAUUUUGUGAAUGUGAUAAGCUAUUGCUUAAUUAAGUAGCGUGCAAAUUAUUCUGUUCUGUGUUUUAUAUAUUGUAGUUAUGCGGUGGUUUCAAGGUGGAAUAGCAGAGGCUGUCGCUACAUCAAAAACUAAAAAUGCUGUAUUUGUUGUGUUUGUUGAAGGCAAAGACGAAGCAUCAAAAAAUGCGGCAUCAGCGCUGGACGAUGUUGCAGUUUUGUCAAAAUUAGAAUCGGAAGAUUUUGUGGCAGUAAAACUCGACAGUGGAUCAGAAGCCUAUAAUCAGUUUGUUCAGAUUUACCAACUGGUACCUGUUCCAUCACUCUUUUUUAUUGGUGGAAACGGAGUUCCACUCGAAGUGGUGGCCGGAGAAGUGGAUGUGCCUGAAUUAGUGCAGAGGAUCGCCACAGUUCUAGAGAAAAGUGGAAAAGUUGUCCCAGCCGACACUCAAGAAUUGACUGAAGAGCAGAAAAUAGAACGAGCCAAAGAACUGAUAGAGAAGAAACAGAAACUGAAGCAAGAAGAAGAGGAACAGACCCAAAAGCAGAAGGAAGUGGAGCGCCGUAAGGUGGGGCAGGAAGUCCAGAAACUUCGCAGAUGGCAGCAGGAUCAGGAAUUAAAACAGCUGAAGGAAGAAAGGCAGAGGGAGAAGGCUGAGGAGGCCGCAGCUCGGGAGCGAGUCCUGAAGCAGAUAGCGGAAGACAGAGCUCAGCGAGCUUCGAGAUACUACGCCGGACUCGAAGGAAACAAGAAACAGGCUGAAGAAAAACUCAAGGGUCAGUCAGAACAGCAGGCUCAAGAUACUGCUUCAAAAUGCGUCGUGGCACGUAUACAAUUUCGCCUCCCAGAUGGAUCGUCGCAUUCGCAUAAUUUUGAAACCGCAGCAACUCUAGGUGAAGUGCGGUUAUACGCGGCCACGCAUCUCAACUUACCGUUUAGAGAAUUUGUCAUGUCGACGACCUUUCCUCGUCGUGAGUUUACCGCCGCUGACGACGGUCAGACCGUCACAGAACUGCAACUGGUGCCAACCGCCGUGAUUUUAAUUCUUCCGGCUACAUCAGGUAACGCGAUCUCGUCGUCCCAGAGUUACGGUAGUGCCGUCUCACGCAUGUUGUGGUCUGUGCUGACACCUUUCUUCUCCAUACUGAACUACGUAAGAAACCUGGUUUUCGGUGGCGGAGGCGCGGUCGGUGGCGACGGGGGAGCCAGAAAUUCGCGACGGUCAUCGCUCCAUGCUGCGUCAGAGCAGAGUCCCACAGGAGCAAGGCGACGAGUACGAACCACUGAAACUACGACCGUUCAUCGCCAGGGCAACGUACACCGUCUUACGAACCGCCAAGACGCAAGCGACGAUGAGAACAACACUUGGAACGGAAACUCGACUCAACAGAUGUGACGUGUCGUACUCGUUCGAAGUUCAGCUUUAUUUUUUUCUAUGCCCCCUGCCCCCUCCUCGAUAUCCUUCUGUCUGUGCGACGUCACUCCCGUUCCUGUGAUUCCAUCUUUUCUCUUCCAUUUUUAAAUGGAACGCACUUCAUUUCCCACUCCUCUUAAUAUUUGAGAUUUUUACUUCAAAAUUUUUUUCUGUAAUUACGUGUCUUAGUUUGUAUUCGUGGUAUUUUCAUUCUCA